AUGGCAUACGAUCAGAAUUAUUACCAGGCGCCGCAGAGGCCGAAUGGUAGAGAAAGGCCGGGUCCUCAGGGAUAUAAUGAAGCCCCUCAGCAGCAAUAUCCACCACAGCAACAGGAACAGUAUGCGCAGGACGGUUAUGGUUAUGACGACUACAACAAUCAAGCAUAUGGCCAACAGUACGACCAAGGUUAUCAAGCUCCAAAUGGCGCUGGUGGCGGGAGGGGAAACGACUAUCCACCACCGAACCACAAUUAUCCCCCACAGCAGGAAUACUACGGCAAUGAUCGGGGCGGAAUGGCUCCAAGGGGUGGUGGAAGAGGACCGCCUCCUCAGCAAAGGCCACCCCCAGGAAGCAGAGGAGGAUAUGGUGGACAAGGUCAAGGCAGAGGAUACCCAAAUGGUGGUCCCAUGGGUCGAGGAGGACGGCCGCCAGGUCCAGAGAGAGCUCCCUCCUCUGAUCCAGGUCCAAACGGAAUGGUCCGAAGACCUCUGAAAACGCCGCCAAUGUCACCAGAUGUCCCGUCGGCAUGGGAUAAUCCGUUCCCUACUCUCCCAGGCGCGAAAAAGAAGACAUCAUUAUCUGAAGAGCAGGAUAUUUUGAACAAGAUGGCUGCGAUGGAGGUUGGUGGCCCUCCGCAAGGUCGUGGAAGAGGUGGGAAAAGUGGGAAAGGAUAUGCGCUUCGGAAUGUUCCAACAGAUGAUUAUGGUCGUCCUUCGAUAGAAGGCAGGAGACCGCCGCCUGACGAUUAUGGACGACGAAGUGCUGAAAGCUCGAGGAGACCGCCACCUGAUAAUUACGGACGACAAUCGUCUGAUAGUCAGCGACCCAUGCCUCAGCGGAAUUAUCCUCCUCAACAACAAAGACCUCCGCAGCAAGGAUACCCAGAACCAAGAGGGCCGCCACAAGGAGCAUAUCAACAACAGCCGCAAAAUGCCUACGGUGAGUCUGGUUACGAUGAUAGAGGGGGUUAUGGUAGAAAUGGCCCUGCAUCGCCAGGUUUUGCUCCACCUGGAAGGAGUAUGACAAUGGGCAGCGAACCUCGAAUGCAAGCUAUGCCACGUCAAGCACCAAUACAAAAUUCUAUGGAUGGUGUCGGACCCAGCGCACCUUAUAAUGGACCCGUAGGUCGUCAAAUGGCACCAAGGCCUGCAACAGCCGGAGGACAACGACCUAUACCGCAGAGGAAUUAUGGGCCGCCUGCUCCUAUGGAACAAGAUCCCUAUGGCACUGGUCGUGCACCACCACCUCCUGUGAAUACUUAUCAAAGUGACCCACACUACGCACCUCAAGAUUAUUCAGCUCAGUCGAAUGAUGCACCCUAUGAUGAUUUUUUUGAUGCGUAUUAUGACGGUCCAGCCAACGCUGGUCCUCCUGCAAACGGACGACGCCCAUCAGCGGACUCAGAUAUGCCAAACUUUGAUGCUGUAUCUAGCCGGCCGGGUAAUCACAAAAGAGGUGCUUCUAUCGAUGAACAUAUCCAGCCUCAAGCUGGCGGCCCUCCAAACGGUUACACGCCGCAGCUCAAGCCUAUAAAAUCUCAACCCGACUUUCGAGGAAGGGCCGAGCCUCAAACUGCUGUUUUUGAAAUGGCUGGCUCAGUACCGGCAAUGCCACCUGCACCAGUUCCACAGGCUUAUGAUUCUGAAUACGGACAGCAAGGUGGAUAUGGAGGACCUCAAAACAGUAAUUACGAUAACCCGGAUCCAGCAUAUCAGCAGCAAUAUAGCGAACCUCCACCACAACAGAACAGCUUUAUUCCACCUCCAAGAAGUGCCUCUGCAGCACCACGAGCAGGGCAACCUGGAUAUGGCGGUGGCCUUCCAAGUGGCCCACGACCAGGUAUGGGUGGGCUACCAAACGGACCAUCUCCUCAGAACCCAUCACGUGCAAACACGAUGAAUAGUAUGCCGUCAAGACAACCAGUUCUAUCACCAGAUGCGCUACCUUCACAUCCCCCGCCAGUUCGUGCUGGAUUAAUCCCUAAUUCUGUUGCAAGCCUAGCAAGUAACAAGCCAACUCCAGUCCGCAAUUAUGCUGGCAUCACCCCGUCGCCUCAGCAAAUAAACCCUCAGCAACCUCCGCCUCAGCAGCAAGUACAGCAACCGAUUAGUAUGCCAGCUGCACCAGCACCAGCGCCUUCGGGGCGGCCUCUAUCGUCUGCUCCGGUGACGGCUGCAGAAUUGGAACGACUUAGGCAGAUAGUAAAAGGAAAUCCAAAUGACCAAGCCAGUGCGCUUCAACUUGCUCGCAAGCUAGUAGAAGCUUCCGAAAGUUUGGUUCAGACGAUUCCUGAUCAAAGGACGCGGAACAAGACGCGCGAGAAAUACGUUAUGGAUGCACAUAAAAUUCUCAAGAAGCUUGUCCAAGCUCAAAAUACUGACGCCAUGUUUUUCCUCGCUGAUAGUCAUGGAAGAGGUGCACUAGGCCUGGAGCCUGAUAACAAGGAAGCCUUCACAUUAUAUCAGUCUGCAGCUAAAGCUGGCCAUGCCGCUGCCGCGUAUCGAACAGCCGUCUGCUGCGAACUUGGUAACGAAGAAGGAGGUGGGACAAGAAAAGAUCCUUUAAAAGCUAUACAGUGGUACAAACGCGCUGCCACACUUGGCGACACUCCAGCAAUGUACAAAAUGGGCAUGAUAUUACUAAAAGGAUUACUCAACCAACCCAAGAAUCCUCGCGAAGCCAUCGGAUGGCUCAAACGUGCAGCUGAACGAGCAGACGCCGAGAACCCUCACGCCCUCCACGAACUCGGUCUCUUAUUCGAAAUGCCACAAAACCCAGAAAGUUCCGUCGUCCGCGACGAAGCCUACUCUUUCUCCCUCUUCCAACAAGCCGCCAACCUCGGCUACAAAUACUCCCAAUACAGGCUCGGUUGCGCGUACGAAUACGGCCUCUUCGGCUGUCCCGUCGAUCCUAGACAGAGUAUCAUGUGGUACUCCCGCGCCGCGGCUCAAGAGGAACAUCAGAGUGAACUUUCACUCUCGGGCUGGUAUCUCACCGGUAUGGAAGGCGUGCUGCAGCAGAGCGACACGGAAGCCUAUCUCUGGGCGCGCAAAGCUGCGAUGGCUGGAUUGGCUAAGGCGGAGUAUGCGAUGGGGUAUUUUACUGAGGUCGGGAUUGGCAGUCCGGCGAAUUUGGAGGAUGCGAAAAGGUGGUAUUGGAGAGCUGCUGCGCAAAAUUUCCCAAAAGCGCGAGAGCGACUCGAAGACCUGAAACGUGGCGGUAGUAAAGGGGCGGCGAAACAGCGCGAGAGGAUCUCCAGAUCUCAACAGAAGGAUGGGGAGUGUGCUGUUAUGUAA